CUUCCUUUAGGAGGACUCGCUGAGAGUCCAGAGCGGAGGCUUGAGUCUUCUUUCCCAAAGUUGUUCGGUUUCUCCCUGAGGGGAUGAGAGAUCCUGGGAUACAUUUGGAGCCGGCUAAGAGCCCCGGAGAGGCAGGUAUAAAUAUCUGAGACAGAGGAGAAGGCAACCCGUUCCGGCAUCAGGAGGGUUAAUCCAAUGACGUCACGAAGCUGGAGCACUGGAGGGGGAAGGAUUCCUGCCUCCUCCCUUCUCUCUGCAUCCUUAUCCCUCCCCCUCUUCUCCAGUUCUCUGAUACCCCGAGUGUACAACUCGGUCAGAGCAGGUCUUAUCCAGUUCUAGAACUGGAGGAACCCCACCUCUGGCCGGGUGACUUUUGCCUAUCCCGCCAGGCUUGUAGCAAUCCAUCACAGCCCGAGUUUGAGAGAGGAGCCCGGACUGCUCUGGAGCUAAAGGAGUCCCUCUCCUCCUCGUCCCCCAAUUGCCCCCCCCCCUCCCUCUCAAGGCCAAGUCUGGAGCAACCCCUCCUAAUGCCUGCCCCCGAGACAGAGUCAAGUUCGGAGUCCACAGGGAUGAGGGACACAGAGUCUGGGACAAGCUGAGGGGAGAGUUUGGACAAGAAGCACCUCACAGUCACGGGGGGAGGAGGGGGUGUCAUUGCACACGUCACAGGACUCGGCCCAGAUUCCUAAGACCUUGAAAAGCUGGAGAUCCCGCCCCCACGGUCGGUCCAGGCCUCCUUCCCACCCCUUUCUUCCUUCCCUUCCCUUCCUUUCCUAACUCCCUCCUCCUCCUCCUCCUCCUCCUCCUCCUCCUCCUCCUCCUCUAUUCCUCGUUGCUUCUAAGCUUCUCACUUUGGGGCCAGGGAGCCAGAACCCUGGCCUGGCCCCGAGCGGCUUUGCUGUCCCUGAGCCCCGCGACGGUGCCCUGGGACCAUGCCCUGCCAGUGCUGGAGGAGUCGGAGCAGCGUGGUGCCGGGCGCCUCUUUCCGGAUACUGGUCUCGGACUGCGGGAGUCAGGAACGGCCCCGGCUGCGAGCGCUGAAGAAGAUGGAUCUGAACGAAGAUGAGGAUGUGCUGGCGAUGCUGAAGGGCUCCCAGUUCUGCAAGAUCCGCUCUCUCAAAUGGCGGAAGGCGCGGUUCUAUCGGCUGCAGGAAGAUGGUCUCACCGUGUGGUUCCAGCGCCGCUUCCGACACCCCAAGUCGCAUCACGUCUUCUUCUUGCAGCAUAUCGAGGCGGUCCGCCAGGGCCAUGAGUCCGAGGGGCUGCGGCGCUAUGGCAGUGCCUUCCCUGCGGGUCGCUGCCUCACCAUCACGUUCAAGAACAGGCGCAAGAACCUGGACCUGGCCGCGGCCACUGAGGAGGAGGCACAGCGCUGGGUGCGGGGCCUGGCCAAGCUCCGGGCGCGCCUGGACGCCAUGAGCCAGAGGGAAAAACUUGACCACUGGAUCCAUGGCUACCUGCACCAGGCAGAUUCAGACCAUGACAGCAAGAUGAGUUUCAAGGAGAUCAAACACCUCCUUCAGAUGGUGAAUGUGACGAUGGAUGACAUGUAUGCCCAACAACUCUUCGAGGAGUGUGACAGCUCUAAGAAUGAGCGGCUUGAGGAUGCUGAAAUUGAGGAGUUCCUACGGAGACUACUGAAACGGCCUGAGCUGGAGGAAAUCUUCUACCGAUACUCUGGGGAAGACAGGGUCCUGAGUGCCGCUGAGCUGCUGGAGUUCCUCCAUGACCAAGGGGAGGAAGAAGCCACCAUGGCCCAGGCUCAGCACCUGAUCCAUACCUAUGAGCUCAAUGAUAAAGCUAAACAGCAUGACCUGAUGAUGCUGGAUGGUUUCAUGAUGUACUUGCUGUCGCCUGAGGGUGCUGUUCUGGACCCAGCUCACAAAGAUGUAUACCAAGACAUGAAUCAGCCCCUCUCCCAUUACUUUAUCUCCUCUUCCCAUAAUACUUACCUGACCCAGUCCCAAAUCGGUGGUGCCAGCAGCACAGAGGCCUACAUCAGGUGUGUGGAACUGGACUGCUGGGAGGGCGCAGAUGGAGAACCUGUGGUUUAUCAUGGGCACACAUUCACCUCUAAGAUCCUCUUUCGGGAUGUCAUCCAAGUCGUGCGGGACCAUGCCUUCUCGAUGAAGAAACUGAGACAGAGGUUGACUGACUUGCUCAGGGUCAUACAGCUACUGUCCCCGUACCCAGUCAUCUUAUCCCUGGAGAAUCACUGUGGGUUACAGCAACAAUCCACCAUGGCUCACUACCUGCGGACCAUCUUGGGGAACAUGCUGGUGACAGAAACCCUGGAUGGGAAAAUUCCCAAAGAGCUGCCCUCUCCAGAGCAGCUGAAGGGCAAGGUUCUCAUAAAGGGCAAGAAACAAAUCGUCCAUCAGAAAGAAGAGCCUCGGUCUGAUCUGCCUGAUGAAGACAAAGAAGAUGAACUUAAGCUGUUGAACAUCACAGAGAGAAGGAAGUCGUCUACUCAGAAGUUGGAAGGGUCUUUCCUACCCUAUGUAGAGGAAAAGAAGGAAGGAAAGGAGGAACAAGAUAAAGAAUCGGAGGAGGAGAGAGAGGCAGGGUCUGGAGACCAUAGAAAACAGACCAAGACAAAUCUCCAGAUCUCCUCUGGGCUCUCGGACCUGGUUAUUUACUGCCGUGCCUCCCAUUUAAAUGCCCCGAAUCUGCCUGGGAUACAAGCCCAACCUUGUCAGGUCACUUCUCUCAAUGAACGAAAAGCCAGGAAGUUUGUCAAAGAAGCUGGAAACAACUUUAUCCGAUGUAACACUUACCAGCUGUGUAGAGUCUACCCUUUGGGGCUCAGGAUGACCUCUGCCAAUUAUAACCCCCAGGAGAUGUGGAAUGGGGGCUGCCAGCUGGUGGCCUUGAACUUUCAGACUCCUGGGUAUGAGAUGGACCUGAAUAAUGGCCGCUUCCUGGUGAAUGGGAAAUGCGGCUAUGUCCUGAAACCUGAUUUUCUGAGGCACAGAGACACAACCUUUGACCCUGAACACCCUGGGGCCCCCCAGACCACCCUCAUCAUCAAGGUGCUGACAGCUCAGCAAUUGCCCAAAUUGAACAGAGAGAAGCCAAAUUCGAUUGUGGACCCACUGGUUCGAGUGGAGAUCUAUGGGGUACCCAGGGACUGUGCCCAGAAAGAGACUGACUAUGUGCUCAACAAUGGUUUUAAUCCUUAUUGGGGGCAGACUCUGAAGUUCACCCUUGGGGCCCCAGAGCUGGCCUUGGUUCGAUUUGUAGUGGAAGACUAUGACGCUACCUCCUUCAAUGACUUCGUGGGCCAAUUCACCCUGCCCUUAUACAGCCUAAAGCAAGGGUACCGACACAUCCACCUAUUCUCUAAGGAUGGGGCUUCUCUCUCCCCAGCCACACUCUUUGUCCACAUUCAGAUUAAAAACCAGUGAGGGAGGAAUAGGAGCAGGAUUCCCUCAUUGCCAGUUUAUGCCCAGAACCUGCCUUCCUGCUUGGAACCCAGAGGCAUGGUUUUGGGGAAGAGGAUGCUUUGUCCAUCCUUCUCUAGGAGAGCCUGUGGAAUUGCCAUCAUUCCCUCCAAAACCCAGGAUGCUUGGAACUUCUUCCUCCUCUGCAGUUUUGGGUCCUUCUCAGAUCUGUGGAUAUGAGGGUGGAUACCUGUGUCCUUGGGGCUCAUCCCAUUAUGAGCUUGUCCCCGCUGGGCUUUGAUCAUAGACUAGAUGCCCGGAGUUCUGCUGUGAUCUGGGAAAUGGGUGGUCUCUCUCUGAGAAGGAGCUGAUCUGGCCUGAGUUUUGGCCCUCUUGGAUAUUUUGCUGACCUUGGGGCUAAAGCCCAUGUUUCCUCUUCACUCUCUUGGUGCCAGGAUCUUUAACAACCUUAGAACAUCAACACCCACUUUGACCCUAUGGGCUCUCCUGUUCUUGGCAAGGAUCUACAUUCCAUUCUCCUUUAGGAAAAGUAGAGGCCAGGAAACAGUGGAGACUGAAGCAGUUUUUGGUUUUCCUGAGGAGUCCUCAGGGGCCAGCAAUAUUACAGAAUAAUCUUAUAGAGAAUAAAGAGUUUAUUUUAACACUUCUA